UGUGGAGAGAAGGAGAAGCUCUGCUAGUUGACAGCUGUGCAUGGCGGCAGAGCUAAACUACUAGCUCCCGAUCCCGGAACACAGGAGACAGUAGCCCUGCCGCCGAGCUGUAAGAUGUCAGAAGGAAUCACUGAAGGUUGUUCAUCAGUCGGUGUCUCGUUGCCACUUUCUACCCUGUCUUGGUCUCUUUUGUUCUUUGCGAGUUUGCUGUCUACGACACAAGCAUCAAGUUGUGUGAGGCCGUUCUCCAUCCAGCAUGGCCGCAUAAACGUGACGGAGACGAACAGAGGAUCGUUCCCUCUGGGCACUGUGCUGCAGUACAGCUGUGAUUCAGGCUACACUGUGGAUGGACCCAGUAUCAUCGUGUGCACCAGAGAGGGCCUGUGGUCCUCGGGUCCACCACGCUGCCUCCACAAUAAUUACUGUGUCCCCCCAUUAGAGCCAGAGAACGGGGGUUAUACCUGCCACCCGUCCCCAUGCCGUCGUCUGACUCAUGGCACAGUGGUGGAAUAUUUCUGCGAUGAAGGCUACAUGCUGAAGGGGGAUUACAGAUACCUUACCUGCCAGAAGGGAGAGUGGAACGGUCCUAUGGAGAUCAGCUGUGUGCUCAGUCAAGGUUGUACGAGGCCGUUCUCCAUUCAGCAUGGACGUGUAAACGUGACGGAGACAAACAGAGGCUCCUUCCCUGUGGGUGCUGUGCUGCAGUACAGCUGCGAUUUAGGCUACACUGUAGACGGACCCAGCAUCGUCACCUGUACCAAAGAGGGCCGCUGGUCCUCGGGCCCACCACGCUGCCUCCACAAUAACUUGUGCAGUCCUCCAUUUGAGCCAAAGAAUGGGGGUUACACCUGCCAUCCAUCGCCAUGUCAUCGUCUCACCGAUGGCACAGUCAUGGAGUAUUUCUGUGACGAGGGCUACACCCUGAAGGGAGAUUACAAAUAUAUUACCUGCCAGAACGGAGAAUGGAGCAGACCCCUGCAGAUCAGCUGUGUGUUCAGUCAAGAGAAGCAUGCAGCUCCUGUGCUGGGAAUGAACACGCUGUCCAUUGUGGCCACCACAGCCAGCUCUGUGGUACUCGUCCUUCUCCUGAUAGUGGUGUUCGUUUUACUGCAGCCCAAACUGAAGGCUUUUCAUCAUGGACGGCGUGAGCAGGGAGACUCCGGGCAGCCGGUGACCAUCAUGGUGGAGGGGGUGCAGGUUACCUUGCCAUCCUAUGAGGAGGCCGUGUCUGGAGCCGGAGGUGCAGUUUUAGCUUGGCUCCUCCCCCAAACGCACCUCGAGUCCACGGAGCAUGCGUUAACCCAGACUUCAGCAACACACCCUCAGCACACGGAGAUCUCAGUGGUGCAUCAGGCAUCGUCCUCAUCAUCUUUCUCGUCCUCCUGGAGUUUGGAUGGUGCGCAGGGAGCGACGGCAGUAUCCUCAGCAUUUCAGUGCCAGAAUCCAGACUCCAGUCAGCAAAACAGUUUACCGUCUCUACACGGCUCCGAGCAGAACCUCGCUGACGACAUUCCUUUAUUAAAGGAGUCCUGAGGGUUUCUGUCGCAGCCUCUGUUGUCGAGGCCACAAAGACUGCAGCAGCGCACGCCUGACUGCUGCGAUCUGACUUUGAGCUGCAUCUGUGCAACACACAGCCCGUCUCAGGUGAUACUGAACUGGACUGAGCUGAUGCCCGGCGUGAGCCACCAGUUCUGUCCAGUCAAGUACUUGCAAAUUAUUUACACACACAUUUUACACACACAUACACAUCAUUCACAGCUUUUGAUUCCUCAGUGUCCUUGGACAUGUAGCAAAGACACACAACACUGUACAGAGAGUAACCAUUUAAAGAGAGGUUUUUCAAGGAUUUAAAUCUUUAUUUUAGUAAAUCUUACGUUGUUUUCAAAUUGAGAACACCCACUCCCCACACACAUAUACACACGUGCACAAAUGUCACCCAUACAGCAAGGUUAUAAAAACACACACGGAGCACCACCUGACAUUGUGAUUGAUGUAUUCAUACUUGUGCUAGCUCUAAAUGUUUUUUGUGGUUGGAUGAUUUUUUUUUUAUUUUUUAUAAGAUCGGGGAAUUGAAAACGUCUUCACACUCAUGGUAAUUUAGUAGUAUCUGUGGAAAUAAUUGUGUACACACUACGCUACACCAUAACAAGGGCUGUUUCUACUCUCACAGUGAGCCAGUUUUAUCCCCGUUUGUCACUGCCGAGCAUUGUUUUAAAAAAAGUAACAUUAUCUGAUUAGCAUGUGUUAUACAAAAAAAAAAAAACCUCAAGAUUAAGUAAUGAGGCAUGAGACUUAAUGUUUUAAGAAGCUUUAGGGUAGGAUUGAGGUGGUUGGUGACGUAUGGAAUUUAAAAAGCAUGGAUUUGCUCUGAAAGCAUAAGAAGCACAUUGUAGGCCCUUCAUCUAUAAAUUAGCUCCACGUGCAGUGAGGCUCCAUUUCCAUCUGGAUUGGUUCGAUUUUCUCACCGCAUCUUACAGCUUGAGCGAAUGCACUUGCUUUGACAGGAUCACUGGCUUUUUCUACAUUUCUCUGUUUAUAUGUUAAUAUUCAUUGUGUGUUUAGUACGUUUUUUAAAAAAAAUGACUUUGAAUACAAAGUGCUAUUGAAUAGCAUUGUAAAAUUCAUUUCUAAUUCUAUGAAGCGAGCGAGUAACUGACUUUCCUUGCUUGAAUUAAGAUAAUCCUGAUAUCGUUGCAAGAUCGGAGUUUGGAUAAUUUAAUGUAAUGUGAUUUUAUUUAAUACCAAAACAAGUGACGUCCUGUACUGUAUAAUAUCUGUUUUUCAUUUUCGAAACAGAUUGAAGUUACUUGCCAGGCAUAGGAUUUUUUUUUUUUUUUAAUAAAUUUAAUUUAUCUCUGCUUUUGUAAAUAAUUGUUUCUGAUU